AUGCCUUUCCAUUUAUCAGAAAACUUCCACAGCUCUGCCAUGACUCCAGCUGAAGAAAAGCCUGAGUUCUUCGCACCUGUUUCUCCUAGUGAGGAAGAACCUCAACCAGCCGCAGUGGAAGUCGAGGAAGAAGAAUACGAGAACAAGCAUCUUUCUCGUCCAAGACAAGAUUCCUUCCACCAAUCUUCCGACAACUUGAUCGUCGGAUUGUAA